GGCAUUAAAAAAACAAAUUGUUUUGACAAGAGCGUCGAUUAUUUUCUAGAUUUUAAUUAAUUUUACCGAUGAAAUGAACGAAAAUGAUGACGAAAUUACAACAUUUUGUGAUUCAGCAGCUGCUUUGGUGGAAGGAUGUCGCUUGCCAGUGCGAAUGCAAGGAGGCAAUGACUGGCCUUUAGCUGAAAUUAUCAGUAUUAAGGAGCUACGUGGACAAAGAGGAUAUUAUGUUCAUUAUGUUGACUUCAACAAACGUCUGGAUGAAUGGGUCGGGGAGUCGUGGCUGGACACCCGAAAGGUUCAGUUUCCAAGACGAGAUGGUGCUCCGGUGAAAGAUGGCUCCACAACUCCGAAGAAGACUCACAUAGGAUCAGGAGGUGGCAUUAUGCCUCAAGUUGUUAUUAAUGAAACAGUCUGCAACGAAACUCAGAAGUUAAACAAGGACGCGAAUUCCAAUCAACUAAAAUUUACAGAAAAACAAAUCCCUCCCGAUGCACUGAAUGGUUCUAUACCCAAAAUUGCACCAUUAUCCAUCGGCGAGCCACGUCAGCUGAUCUCACGGCCGGCGAGCCCCACGCUCAUCCACCAUGAGGCCCCCUCGUCGCUGGUCAACGGAGGCGCCGUGCUGGCCGCCGCGCUGCAGAAGAAGAUGAACAGAAAACGGAAGGCCAACUCUUUGGACCAUGAGCUGCCAGAAGUGACCCUCCCCUUGCAAGAUCUGCUAGACGGGGCCGAAGCCCUGCCGAGCGGCGCGGCCACGCCCACCGCCCCGCGCCCGCGCCAGUCGGGCAGUCUGGUGGCCCACGGACAUGACGACCUGGUGACCCGGAUGAAGAAUAUUGAGAUGAUUGAGCUGGGACGGCAUAGGUUGCGGCCGUGGUACUUCGCACCUUAUCCUCAGGAAAUAAUUUCACUAGCAUGUAUCUACAUUUGUGAAUUUUGCCUCAAGUAUAGAAAAAGUAAAAAGUGUUUGGAAAGACACCUGAUUAAAUGUAAGCUAAAACACCCACCGGGAAACGAGAUUUACCGAAAAGGCAGUAUAUCGUUCUUCGAAAUAGACGGUAGAAAGAACAAGGCGUACGCUCAAAACCUCUGUUUGUUGGCAAAACUGUUUCUGGAUCACAAAACCCUGUAUUACGACACUGACCCCUUCUUAUUUUACGUCAUGACAGAAUUUGACUCAAGAGGUAAGCGAGGUUUCCACAUAGUGGGAUACUUUUCCAAGGAGAAGGAAAGUACUGAAGAUUACAACGUGGCUUGUAUACUGACUCUACCUCCGUACCAAAGGAAGGGAUAUGGAAAACUCCUUAUUGAAUUUAGCUACGAGCUAUCCAAGUUCGAGGGCAAGACGGGCUCCCCGGAGAAGCCGCUGUCGGACCUCGGGCUACUGUCGUACCGCAGCUACUGGGCGCAGACCAUCCUCGACAUCAUGAUGACCAUCAAGCCGCUGCAGGACCAUGAGAAGCCGCUCAUCACCAUCAAUGAAAUAUGUGAAUUGACGAGUAUAAAGAAAGAAGACGUGAUCAGCACACUGCAGAACCUGAAUCUAAUCAACUACUACAAGGGACAGUAUAUCAUUUCCGUUAAUCAGGAAACAAUAGAGCAGCAUGAAAAAGCUAUGGAGAAGCGAACACUGCGUAUCGACCCCAAAUGCCUGCACUGGACUCCGAAGGACUGGUCCAAGAGAUCCAAAUGUGUUUGAGUGAGCUUUUGCCGUGGUAGUUCAAAGGAGGUGUGAGGAGACUUUCCAAACACGUAGAUACGGCGGCGUUGCGGCUUUCUCCAUACAAUGUUCUAGGUAUUGUCUUAAUAUUUCUAUAAUACUCUGAUCCACAACGAUGUCUCAUAGAAAUUGGUGUUUUUCGAUGUUCGAAAGUGUUAUCUUAGUGUAAAUAUGAUUUUCUUAAUGCGAAAUACGUCCAUCGUCCAUCAGAUCAAAUACGAAACUGUUCUUUUGCGAGUCAAAAUGAUCCUUUUGUACCACGUCUUAGUGAAUUUAGUACAAUAAAUUGUAAAAGUCAAUAUUGUGAUAUUAAAUAUAUCAUCAAAAAUUCA